CUUUAGUUGGUGAACGACUCGUGCCCGGUGAAGUCAUGAUAUCGUAGAGAUGCCGGAUAUUUAAUACCGAAUCAGCUAAAGUGAAUUGUUUUUCUUUUUUAUCUAGGAUAAAAUUGUUAUCAUUAUUAAUUAUUUAUUAUAAAAGUGUUAAAAAUGUUGUCAUAUUUUGCUGAUGCUUUUGAAUUACCCAAAAUGUACUUCUUUGUAUUAUUUAUGAUUGGUUUCUACAUGUAUUACAUCUUCGAAGUAGUCAAGGCUCCACAGUUGGUUUGUGCUCAGGGUGAUUUUCGUAAACUUAUAGAAGAAAAUAUUGAUAUGAUCAAUAAAAAAUAUUGGCCAACACCGUGGUGCUUUGAAUCGCGUGCACAAACAAUUAUAGCAAGCUUUUUACGUGGAAAACUAAUUCCCGACGUAGAAUAUCGUAGAGAGCUUCUAACAUUAGCUGAUGGAGGGCAAGUUGCUUUAGAUUGGGCAGAUGAUCAUUGUAAUUCAUCAUCUCCAAUUGUGAUUAUUUUACCAGGAUUAACAGGAGCUAGUCAAGCGGAUUACAUAAAAUGUCUUGUUUCUGGAGCCAGAGAUAUUGGUAUCAGAUGCGUGAUUUUUAACAAUAGGGGUCUUGGAGGUGUUGCUCUAAAGACACCACGUGCAUAUUGUGCAGCUAACUGUGAUGAUUUUACGGAAGUAUUAGAUCAUGUUAGAAAAUCACAUCCUAAUGUACCAAUCGGUGCCACAGGCAUUUCUAUGGGAGGAUUAGUUUUAGGAAAUUAUUUAGCCAAAAAUGGCGAAAUUGCUGCACAAAAGUUAAAAGCUGCAUUUAUUCUUUCCACACCAUGGAAUGUUUUUAAAGGUCUUGAGAAUAUUGAAAGUGGAAUAAAUAUUUUAUUAAAUCGUUAUUUAGCUGAAGAACUUUCUAAAGUUGUUCAGAAAAUGCAUUAUUCGAAAAAGUCCGGUGUAUUUGAUAAAGAUUUAACGGAAGCUUUUAAAAGUAAAACACUAAGAGAAUUUGAUGCUGCAUUUACUACGAAGCACUUUGGAUAUCGAGACGUCUACGAUUACUAUGAAAAUGCAACGUUGCACAACAAAUUACAUCUUAUUGAAGUUCCAGUACUUUGCCUAAACGCAGCCGAUGAUCCAUUCCAACCUCUUGAAGCAAUACCGCUUCAAGAAGCUAGUAAAUAUGAAAAUAUUGCAUUUGUAAUUACAAAACGUGGUGGUCAUAUUGGGUUUCUAGAAGGUCUUUGGCCAACUCAACAAGAGCAGUACAUGACAAAAUUAUUUAAGCAAUAUUUUCACAUUAUGCUGAUGAACAAAAAGAAUGAAUAGCUCAUAUUAAAAUGGAAUAAAUACUUUAUCUAUUUAUAAAAAAUAUACAAAAUUAUGUUAAUUCGCCACAGGAACUUAUUACAACUUUUUGAGAAGUUUGUCCACUUUUGCUUCCAAAUUUUUCCAUUUUCUUCAGUAUAUCUAGACCACUUAAAACAUGACCAAACACUACAUGUUUAUUGUCUAACCAAUCAGUUCGUGCAGUACACAAAAAGAAUUGUGAGCCAUUUGUGUUUGGUCCAGAAUUAGCCAUCGAUAGUAUACCGGGUCCAGUGUGUUUUAGCUCAAAAUUCUCGUCAUCGAAUUUAUUACCAUAGAUCGAUUUACCUCCAGUUCCAUUAUGAUUAGUGAAGUCUCCUCCUUGACACAUCUGUUAUUAAAUAUGUAAGGAAAUUUUUCUGAACCAAGGAUAACUUACUUUUUGUUAUUUUAUUCAUAGGCAUAAAUUACUAAAAAGUAACCAAAGCCUUUUCUAUUACUGAAAGAAAUGUAAUAACUCUAAAAAAGUGAGAUCUAUUUAACAAUUAAAUAAAUAAACAAUUAAGAUUAAAAAUGAUAAUACCAAUAGAGCAGUACAAAGAUCGCUGUAAUUUUUUGUUGUAAAUGAAAAUUAAAAUUUUUUAUUACGA